AUGACUGUACACUCAAACAAAAAUAAAAAAAACAAUCCAAACCCAAACCAAAAUCCAAAAUUCCAACAACCCGACCCGGACCAAAAAAAACAAAACUAUUCAGGAUCCGACUGCCUCAGCUCCUUCCUCAGCCUCUCCGAAAACGACCUGCACGCAUCCACACUCAAAUCCAUAGCUGCCGCCAGCGCCACAAAAACAGCCGCAUCCUCCGCACACGUCACGUGUGGGGCCCCAACCUCCACCUCCGGCCCUCCCUCCCUUCCCACACGGCGUGUGACCCGUCGUGACAUCGAUGCUCAGCUUCCCGCCGGAUUUCGCGUCGACUGUCGAGCUGGCGAGCGGGAUUGUGUCGACACCGCCUCCAUCAGGGACGAGGUGGAAACGGUAACCGAGGCGCGGCCCGUCUCGCCAUGCCUCGAGACGGCCCCAGGGGCGCCAGGUGGCUUGGCCGGGUCGGAGGAUGAGCCAGGCGCCUGGGCUGGAGCGGCUCACCUGGUCGUGGAUCGUGAUGGACCAGCCUUUGCGUUCUCUUGUGGACCCGCGGGGGUGAAGCAGCUGGAUGAUGAGGUGCUCGGUUCCGAUAUGGCGGAUCUGAGGGGAAAAUCGAGAAUGUUUGUUAGACCAUUUGCAAGAACAAAUGCAUAUGUCACUAAGGAAUAUACUUUAGAUGAUAAGGAAAAAAGAUAUUCACCUGGAUCUCAAAACCCUAUCUCCAGAAUUCCUGAACCCGAACUUGCAGGUGAAAACCGGCUGCUUCACAUUCCCAUUCACCUGAAAAACCUGGGGGCUGCACUCCGGCUCCCCGUCAAACCGGAAAACAAAUCUCGGGUCGGGAUCGGCCCGGACGUUCAUCUUGCCACCUCCUCCGCCGCCAAAGCCGAACCCGCAAAACCCACCGCCGCCGCCGCUCCGCCGGCGGACUUCCACUCUCAGGCUACAGAAUUUGCACGAUUUUUCCGCCAAUUUCUCCAAUUCAGACCUCUUCAAGGCGAAGCAGGCGUGAAUCCUGCUCUCGACGGCGUCGCUCCCCGUGCCAAUAAAGGGGACGUCGGAAAAUUGGGCGGGGAAGCCCUUGAGCUUGAACCUACAGUAAUACGACAAGGAACCCAGGUGAGCUCCCUCGGAAAACCUCAGGGCGAGGUUUCCGAUGGCAAUACGCACGAAAGGGCAAGGAUCCAUCUCGCUCAAAUCAGAGAAGAAAACGCCGAUGGAACUCUAACUGAGAGAUAA